AUGUCUCUCCCAUAUGCGCCCCGAUCAGCCUACUACGACGGCAAGCUCCAGUCUGUCUCUUCCACCUCAACCUUCCAGACCAUCGACCCCGCGACCGCCCAGCCUGUCGCAAACAUCCACACCACCUCAAACGCCGGCAUCGACGCUGCCAUUGCCUCGGCACAACGCGCCUUUCCCUCCUGGUCCUCAACGCCCCCAAUCGAGCGCGCGCGCAUCCUCCAACGAGCCGCCUCCCUCCUGCGCGCGCGCAAUGACGAGCUCGCACGCAUCGAAACCAGCGACACGGGCAAGCCCUUCUCCGAGACGUCCACCGUCGACGUGGUGACGGGCGCCGAUGUGCUCGAGUACUUUGCGAAUCUCGUUGGAGGCGGUGGCAUGAACGGCGAGACGGCACAACUGCGACCAGACGCGUGGGUCUACACGACCAAGAACUCGCUGGGCGUAUGUGCAGGAAUUGGCGCAUGGAACUACCCUAUCCAGAUUGCAUUAUGGAAGUCGGCGCCCUGUCUGGCGGCAGGUAACUGCAUGGUCUACAAACCGUCAGAGUUCACUCCACUGCACUCGACUGUUCUGGCGGAUAUCUACGCCGAAGCUGGUGUGCCGCCCGGCGUCUUCAAUGUCGUCCAGGGUGGCGGUGAAGUGGGCGCAUACCUCACCAAGCACUCUGGCAUCGCCAAAGUCAGCUUCACCGGACAAGUCUCGACCGGCAAGAAAGUCGCAGGCAGCGCAUCGGGCGAGAUGAAGUACGUGACGAUGGAGCUAGGCGGCAAGUCCGCCUGCGUAAUCCUCCCCGACGCCGACGUAGACCAAGCCGUCGACGGCGCCAUGCUCGCCAACUUCUUCUCCACAGGUCAAGUCUGCACCAACGGCACCCGCGUCUUCAUUCCCGAGAGCAUCAAAUCCGACUUCGAGAAGAGGUUGCUGGAGAAGAUGCAAUACAUCCGCCCCGGCGACCUGCACGACCCAGCCACAAACUUCGGCCCCUUGGUAUCCAAGCCACACUACGGCAAGGUGAUCCAGUACAUCAAGCACGGCCGCGACAACGACAAAGCGAAGCUGCUCUGUGGCGGUCCAGAAACACCUUCUUGGGUCUCUUCGCACAGCGACAAGGCCUACCACAACGGCUACUGGGUCCAACCCACCGUCUUCACAAACUGCACCGACGACAUGAAGAUUGUGCGCGAAGAGAUUUUCGGCCCCGUCAUGUCUAUCCUCACGUACAAGACUGUGGAGGAAGUCGUCGAGCGUGCAAACGCCACCGAUGUGGGUCUCGCGGCAGGUGUCUUCACCAAGGAUCUUAAUCUCGCGCAUAAAGUCAUUGCUCAACUGGAAGCUGGAAUCACCUGGGUUAACACGUGGGGUGAGAGUCCGGCUGAGAUGAGCGUGGGUGGGUGGAAGCAGAGUGGUGUGGGUGUGGAGAAUGGCAAGAAGGGGUUGGAGGCUUGGGUGCGGAAUAAGAGCACGCUUGUGGAGAUGGGCGGAAGUGUGCCGACUGUUUUCACCAAGUUGCAGGUGGGGGAUGGAUCAAAGCUGUAG